AUGUCCGCUCCCUCGACACUCCCCGGCAACCCGGCGCCGCACGCCCAGCCUCUGGGCCUGGACAACUCGCUCCCCACCCAGCCCGCCAAGGGCAACACGUCGUUUGUGCUCCAGGAGAUCGAAAAGGUCAGCUUCGAGGACCGGCCCAUCGUCGCACCGGCGCGCGGACAGGUGCAGGUCAACAUCCGCCAGACGGGCCUCUGCGCCUCGGACUGCCACUACCUCCACCACGGCCGCAUCGGCGACUUUGUCGUCCGCAAGCCCAUGGUCCUCGGCCACGAGUCGAGCGGCAUCGUCACGGCCGUCGGCGAGGGCGUCGACACCCACAAGGUCGGCGACCGCGUCGCCCUCGAGCCGGGCGUCCCCUGCCGCUCCUGCCCCAUCUGCCUCAACGGCGACUACAACCACUGCCCCAAGCUCGAGUUUGCCGCCACCCCGCCCUACGACGGCACCCUCUGCACCUACUACAACAUCCACUCGACGUUUGCGCACAAGGUCCCGGAUACGAUGACGCUCGAGGAGGCGAGCCUGAUGGAGCCGCUCAGCGUCGCCGUCUACUCGGCAGCGAUGCGCGGCCAGGUCAAGGCGAUGCAGAACGUGCUCGUCUUUGGCGCCGGCCCCAUUGGCCUGCUGGCGGCGGCCGUGUGCAAGGCCUACUCUGCCAAGCGCGUCGUCGUCGUCGACGUCAUUGACAGCAAGCUCGAGUUUGCCAAGACGUUUGGCGCCACCUCGACCUUUAAGCCCUCGAUGCCCAACGCCGGCGAGAGCAAGAUGGACGCGUCGGUGCGCAACGCCAACACCCUCCUUGAGCAGAUUGGCGACGACGUGCUGCGCAAAGAGGGCUUCGACCUCGUCCUCGAGUGCACCGGCGCCGAGCCCUGCAUCCAGAUGGGCGUCUGGGCGCUCCGACCAAAGGGCCGCUUUGUCCAGGUCGGCAUGGGCCGCUCCGAGGUCGAGUACCCCAUCACGCGCAUCUGCGUAAAGGAGCUCGAAAUGACCGGCUCCUUCCGCUACGGCGCCGGCACCUACGAGACCUCCAUCGCCCUCGUCGCCAACAAGCUCAUCGACGUCACCAGGCUCGUCACCCACCGCUACCUCUUUGACGACGCCGAAAAGGCCUUUGCCACCACCACCCGCGGCAAGGGCGAGGACGGCCAGACGGCCAUCAAGGUCCAGAUCAGCCAGGGACCCGGCCAGGCGUAG